AGCACGAAAGAAUCGAUCUCGGCCGGGAAAACAGUUUUGGGGAAAUGGAGGACUUCGAAGAUAACAAUGAGGAGGAUCAGGCAUGCUGGAAUGUCACGCAGGACGAUUCCUACACCGUAUUGACCGGAAAAUACGAAUCAAUGAAUCCUGAUUGCCUAGAAGACGAGGACGACGAGCAGAAUGAUUUUUUAGAAAAAUAUCUGCUGUCGAUGAGUCCGAUAAUCGAGAAGAACACCGAGGUUCGAGGUGAAAAGGGAAAGAAGGGAACGUUGAGAACGAUGCCAAGAAGACUGCAUGACGUCAGCGUCAAGUGCAGCGAUUCGACCGAAGAGAUAGUCGGAACACCGUCGGAGGUUGCCUUGAGAUUGAGCGAUGCGAUCCAGCGUUAUUUACCGCGGAGAAAGUCAAAAAUCGAGAAAGAAGUGAGCAAGGAAGCAGCUGUUUGUCUGGACGAGGAAUUCGGAAAAGACGAAGAAUCAGCUGUAAAUAAUUGUCCCGAUGAGGAACCGCCUUGCCCUCCCGAACCUCCUGGCUGUCCGGGAACCUACGAUCGAAUUCGUAAAAUGAAUGUUCCAUGCGCCGCUGCGCCUACCAUACGCGAGAUCGCUCUUGGCAGAAAAGUGCGACGUCCACGGGGUGUCGUACCGACCGAGGAGAGCUUCGAACAGAGUUACAGUGCUCAGCCGAUUGACAAAGUUAAGCCAAGUAGUGAUAAGGAUGGUUGUUGCUGUGCCAAGAAGAAGAAACGGGAAGGGCACAAAUCACCACCGCCUCCUCCAAAAUCUUGCUGCACUACACGGCCGACAAGAUCUAACAAAAAUGUUACAUUUACACUAUGAUGUUGAAAU